UGGCUUCAUGCUGGAAAGUGACGAGCGGUCUUUUCUGAGGGACCAAUGAACCGCAGGAGAGCGCCUCGUAGCAUCUCUCACUCUCAGAGGAGGGGUGCACUAGCAGCAGGAGAUUGGAGACAGAGGAAUGAAGAGCAGUGGCGAGGCCAUGUCAAAGCACAGGCAAAAGAGGUGGAAAAGGAUGAGAGACAUGAGCAGCAUGGGAAAGAAACCGUGCCCAGGGGAACCUGCCAAACCAUGUGCCCUGCUCGUGAGCUGCAGUCCCGUGAGACGCAGAACCGCCUUCACCGUUUCGAGAUGUUAGCAGGCACAGAAAGAGACAGACGACCUAAGGGAGACACCUUGCGUGCUGUUAAAGAGUAUUCCAGACCAGCAGCUGGGAAAGACUCAACACGCCAGACUGAUCUCCGUCCUCCUGCUGUGCUGCUGAAAACUGUGUGUUACCUUAUUGAUGAAAUUGUUGCCUCCCCUAACCUGCAUCCUUGGACUGAGGUGUACAGCUUUGUGUUUGAUCGGCUGCGUGGUGUGAAGCAGGACAUGAUCAUCCAGAGGGUGUCCGGGAAAGACUGUGUGGCCAUUUUAGAGCGGACAGUGCGUUUCCUCAUCUACGCCUCUUAUCGGCUCUGUGGUGAGCCCCUGCGGUUCUACGAUCCACGCAUUAAUGACACACACCUACAGGAGAAUCUCAGCUGGCUGUUGGAUUGCUAUAAGACUGAAAUGGGGCUGCAUCCCAAUCAGGAAGAGUUCCACGCUCUCUGUCUGCUGUACAACUUGGGUUCACCUCGCGCCGCACAGCACAUCAUGGAGCUCCCUGAGCGACUCCGCAGCUCUGCUGCCAUCACACUCGCUCUGUCCAUCAACCGAGCUUUUCUGGAGUCAAACCCUGUACGCAUGCUUCGAUUAGCUCAGAAGUUGAACUUCCUACAGAGCUGUGCUCUGCACCGUCACCUGGUGACAUGUCGUAGAGAUCUGCUGCUAAUAUACAGCCACGGAUUCAGCAGCCGCAACUGUCGCUUUCCUCUUGACGCACUGGCUCAGCUCUUGUCCUUAGACACAUCACUCACAACUCAACUCUGUCAGGAGUAUGGAGUGGAGGUUUACCAGGACAAUCAAGUGGUUUUCUCCAAGGCUGUGUUCACUGAGCCUGAACAGGGGAAACUGCACUGCAAACUGUAUCACAACUUUGUGGCUGAGAAGGAGAGAGACCUCUCUGUUCAGAACAUCAUUCAUGGCUGUGCUUGAGGAAUAAAAGGAUUAAAUCAGUAAAACAACUAUCUGAGGGUCAGGGCUGUUUGUUCCUGUCCCUGCACAGGGAGAUAUGUGCCAUUUUCAGGGAGUCUGUUUUAAGGGCACUUGAGCAGUGGUUUUAUCUUUCUACUCUUGUUGUGUUUUGCAUUUGAGCCUUAACGCAUCCUUCCAGGACACAUGUUCAACAUAAAGGUCAGGGCUUGUUGUUUGUUAAACUAUUGAUCUGCCACGCUCCACCUGGGAAUAGCUUGAACUCCUGGUGCCUGAAUUACUUCAAGAUGUGAAUUGGGGCUGCGCAAUAUGCAAAAUGAAAGGUAUUGUGAUUAUUUUGACAGAAUAUAAUUUUUGUAUUUCAUUUUUUUACAUAGAAACAAGAAAAAGGAUGAUUGAUUUUUGCUGUACCUGUGCCAAAGCAGCAUGUUUCCUCAGGUCUGGAAUAUCAUUUAUAGGCUGGAGCAUUUCUGUAGUACUGCAAUACUUCAUUUAUGAUAAUUUGUUGUGACACAUUUUAUCUUAAGCAGAAAUUGCAGCCUCUGCAAUUGUGCGAUUGAUUGUACAGCCCUCAUGAAUUACUUUUAUAUUGUUACUCUUUACAGGUUAUGCUGUUACUGUGUAAAAGUUAUGUUGAGAUCGAAUGUUUUAGUGAAGCAUAUUUGAAAAUCCCCUGGACAAUCUACUGUGCAAAAGUGUUCAUUCAUUGUCAUCAAUGCAUUACCUCAGAAGCAAGUUAAUAAAUAUUUGUUACCUAAAAGA